AAUUUGCUUCUGCCACUGUCGUGGCUAAUAAAGUAAAUUAUUUCUCUAGCAAUUUUAAUUUAUUUUUUGUUCAUUAAUUGGCAAGGUGUAAAGAAGAAGAGGGGAGAAGACGACUUCGUUUAAAACUGUUGUUAAUUUUGUUUUAUUUCUAGUCGUACAUCCAAGUUCAACUAAUCGAAUUGUUCUAGUUAAAGCGGCUCCAAAAUAUGGCCGACGAGGGUGAUGAUUGGUUUGGUGCUGGCGAAGACGACGCACAACAGGAAUUAAAACCUAUUGGCAAACAAGCAAAAGAAGAACCGCCACCAGCGGAAGAGACUCCAGCUGCCACAGAAGCUCCUCAAGGAGAAACAACUGAGGAAGGAGCCAAGCCUGAAGCGGAAGAUGAAUAUUUAGAUCCCGAUAAAUUAUUAUUAUUCAAACAUUGGAUUAGGCCGAAAUUCCUACCGUACAAAUAUCUAUACAUAUAUAGACAAAAUUACUACGACGAUGUUAUGGAUUACUUGGACAAGAAGAGAAGAGGAAUUGCGAGAGACAUACCGAGAGCCGAAACAUGGGCCGAAAGAAUUCUAAGAACGUUUUCGAACAAAAUGACUCAACACAAAGUCUACACAGCGAGAAUUAGAAAUGAUCUAGAAUUUGUCGAAAAUACCAAAUUAAGUGAGAAGUUCUAUUAUUAUCAUAUCAAAAAUCAAUUCAAUAAACAAUUUUCACCAUUAUUAUAUUAAAUAACAAUAAAUAUCAACUAAUAAUAGAAAAUAUUUAUUAAAAUUAAUUUUUAAAAUAUGUAACCGCAAUCAAAUAUAUUUUUCUUUGCUUUGUCUAAUUCAACUACACAGUUUUAUUACUUUUAUUGUUAAGAAUUAAUAUUUAUAUUAAAUAUUACGUACUAUUUUAGAUAAUUCAAUUACAUAAUUAAAUCAAAUGUUUCAAUAUCCUAUUCAAUCUUUAAACAAUUUUUCAUUUCUUGCUUGCGAUUAGUACUAAUUUUCGUAUUAUCUCAAUGUCUUGUCUGUAUUCAAAUUUUACUUAUACAUUGGAUAGUUUUCCUCUCAAAUGUUUGCAAAACUUUUUUUAUCAUAUUAAUUCAGUAGUCAGUUUUGAAGAUAGAUGUAUUUGAAUAUGAAUCUAGGUAAUCAAAACAAUUCAAAUCAUAGGAUUAAAAAUUGUGCUGGUAUUGGUUGUGGAUCCAAAUAAUGGUCAGUUUGGACAGGAUUAUUUUACUAUAAUGUCAGCAAUUCAAACAUUCUACCUACCCGCUAGAGCAUCAUUUGAAUGACAUUUUAUCAAUUCCUUUGUUUUGAUAAAAUUCUAUUAACAACUUGGUUAAGCUGUUAGUUCUGCAUAUCAAAAACUUUAUUGUAGGAAAACUUUUCCGACUGUUGUAUUAGCCUUCUAAAUCAACAGAUUUAAAUUCUAUUGAUAUUUUUAACAAUGUCAUGAUAUUUAUGGAUAAGAACAUGCUAAGGAUUUGUUAUGGAUUAAAGUUAGAGAUUGAAUUCUAGAACUAGGUAUUUAACUCGCUUACUUGGUGGGUAUAUUAGUUUCCACCUCUACUUUUUUAAUACCAUGCUCCUUUCUAUUAAUAUUUCUAUAGUCGAAGCCCCUGAGCUUAACUAAACUACAAGUAUGUAAAUAAAGCUUCUCGUCUCACACAUAAGAAGAUAGGCUUCCGAAUAUUUUUUAAUGGCACUCAUACUUACCUAAGUUUAUUAUUUUAAGAAAUUCAGUGGUCGACCGAUCAAAUAUUUCUGGACUUUUACGAAGCUCAGGCAGUGUUGUGAGCCCUAAGCAUUUAACGCAACGCAACAGAAAUGAAAUUAAUACUGCAAGCAUGAGAUUCAGAAAGAUUUUUUCUUAUAGUGCUCAGUUGAAGAGUUGAUAAAGAACAGAGACUGACUGAGGGCAACCUUGAGGCGUAUAUUUGAAAAUGAUUAAGGUGCUGUAGUAUUUAAACCAUGUGGUUUCCCUAUUCGCAUAUUCACCUGUUUGCUAAGAUAUAUUUUUUUACUUUCAUAAUAUUACACAAGGAACUUUCUAUUUAAUUUUGCACUAAUAUUUCGUCGGUUUGGAGGUACCACGUUAACUAAAGAAUAACCAGAAACAGUUAAAGUGGGAAUCAAAAGAAUAUUCUACUUAUUUGGUUCUUAUUCAGGCAUAACAUCCACCACUUCCUCUUGCCUCUUUUAGCUUAGCGAAGUAAUAGUAGCACAGAUUGCGAUAAGGGAAUUUUCUUUCAUAAUUUUGGCAUUAUUAAUAUUGUUCCAAGGUUGCGAACAAUUAACAAGUUGUAGCAUUACUAUUCACAUAUGCAAGUAUGGCAGAUGUUUUAGAUUUAAUUGCAAAGGAGACAACAUGUUUUCGUAAAAUAUGUUUUCAUCAAUUAAGUUUUCCUUUAAUGGAUCAGUCUUUUGUUCUAAAAAUAACAAUAUCUUUCACUUCAAAAUUGUUGAUAAUCUUAUAGUUUUAUUGUAUUCUAUUUUCCCCGAUUUCUAUUUUAAAUUCCGCAAUAUGCUAUUUGUAACAUUCUGAUAUUGGGUACCUAGUGUUACUAUAACCAAUAAUGUGAACAACUAUCAACUUCAUAUAUUUUUGUUACGAGGACAAAUAAUUUCUUUGUUUAAUCCCUGUGUGGUUUUUAGUCUCAAUCCAUUACAUUUUCACUUUAGUUUAGAAAUGAAACACUGCCACAGGUACAGGAUCAGGAUAUACUUUCGUGUAAAUACAUUUGCAAUAUAUGAUUUCUUCUUUAUUUUUAAUUGGAUAAUAGUUUUAUUUAUGUAGCAAAGUAUUUCUGUAGAUACAACAAAAUUGAACACUAGGUAACUAUAACUCUAAUUAUAAUUACCCGCACAUAUUUUUGUAGAAUAAAAUUGAUUUUAUCAA